GUUGCCUAAGGUUUUAUCAAAAUUAGAACUUGCAAUGUCUCAUCUUCCCAAUUAUCUUGUAAUCACCAGACCGCUGUAAUAUUCUUCAUGUACUAACAUGUUAAUUAAUAGGGAAAUUUCAUCUCUGGAACUAAGGCUGUUAAUCUCACUCUUUUUAUAUCCUUAUAGUUCCCUCUCUUGUGCUUUAGAUGCGGGAUGGCGAGUUUGUGGUUGUGAAUUGCAUGCUUGUAUUCAGCAAAAUAUUAUCUGAGGCAUUAGCUCUGGAGAAGCUGUUACAAAGGGUGAGGGAUGUCAUGAGAGUGGAUGUUAUGAUUGUUGUAGAGCAUGAUGCUAACCACAAUCAGUCUGAUUUUUUAUUGCGGUUUAAUGAAUCACUUAGAUAUUAUUCUUCUCUAUUCGGACAAUACGAUCUUUUCAAUGACAGCGAGCCGUAUUAUAGAUAUCAAAUAUGCAACAUGGUGGCGUGUGAGGGUAGUAACAGGGUGGAGCGGCACCAGACGUGGGCUCAAUGGAAAUCCUUGCUUAUUCAUUGUGGAUUUUCUAUUUUUAAUUCGUUUAUUAUAUGGGAAAACGAAGAAGAUGAAGAGUGGAUGGAACAUGGUAUCUUGGUGAUCACAAGUGGCGAAACAGAGAAGCGGCCAUUAUUUUUCGUUUCUGCCUGGGAAAUAUUGACAUCCCCCUCCAAAUCAUCGGACUCUAAUGAAGGCAUCAUUUCUUCGGAAAGCGACCGCCUUCAAACUUUCCUAAUUUCCCCAGAGGUAUUCUAUUUUCUUCCUAUGCCUUAUCUUGUUUGUCAAAUAUACAAAUCGAAAAACAUUGGAUUCCUCAUCUUGGUUCAUCUUAAUUAAUUAAUCUCUCCAUUUAAUUUUAGUGAGUUUAGGCUUUUUUUUUUUAUAAUAAUAAAAUAGGGAUGUGAUA